AUGGGCAAACGCAGCCGUGGCAGCAGUGCCACUACUAGCAAUACCAUGAGCAAUGUGGCUAGCUCCGCGUCUACCACAAUGUACGGGACGAUAGUAGACCUAGAGCCAGGAUCUCAUCCUGAGACUCGCCUACCUGCCAGUGCGCUUGUAGGUCCAGUGCCCCGUGAUCACGUAGUGUCCGCGGAUACCAAGAAGGAUGGACGCGAUGGCAAGAAUAUUUGGGACGAGUAUUAUCCGCUUGUGCAAGCGGCACACCAGUACCACCACCGCAACGACCGUGGCUUAUCCAACUACUUUUUUCACGGCAUGUUUUCAGCCGACGUAAUGUGGGCAUAUCGCGACGCUGUCAUUGGUUUCCUCGUUUCGCUGUACUCGAUGGUGAUCCUAUCGCUCACGGGUUUGGUGUUCUGUAAGCAGUGGGGCAUCUCACCGAAUACUCCCAUUGUAUUUGCCUUUCGUUCUCUGUGGUUUAUCAGUCCUGCAAUUGCAUCACUUGCGCUGCGAAGCAUUGCAAAGAUGAGGCUUCAGGCUUGCAAUACACCUUCGCACUGGAACAUACCGCCAUUGUAUUACUUAUUCAAGAGUUCCCAUUCAUCAAGAUCGACACUUCGUCUUGCACUGCUCAGCUACGCAAUCCCAGUGUUGUGUGAGCUUGCGGCUUUUUCGUUUACUGCCGCGACAAGAAUUGUUAACCCAUUUAAUCGUACAUUUGUGCGGAAACUGGAAAUGGUAUUCAGCUUUAAUAACAUAGAAGCACUUGAUUCUGGGCUAGUGUUCUACGUUUUUUAUAUCAUUCUUCUCGGGAUCUUUUGGGAUCCAGUGCCUCCGCUACGAUAUGAUAUCGGGCUUUCGAUGGGCCGACGACCUUUAGGUACAAGUUGGUUUUUCUUUGCAAUGAUUCAAGAGAUCGGCUGGAGUGGAUCACUCUUUCCAGCGCUUGAAAUCGUUUUCAGCCAUUCGACCAUUCUCGCGUCAGCAAUUACAGGCUGCAUAUGGGCGCUUUGGCACUGGCCCAUGAUUAUCGCCGAUGCGCUGGAUGUGGUUCCUAAGGGCUCUGGCUACUCUGCUCCCGCAUCAUCAUGUGCUGGAUCCAAGGCAACUCUAGCUAUGUCAUAUGGUCUAGCGUUUUCUACCACUCUACGCACAACCUGUUUAUCACCUCAGUAUUCGGGCAACUUGCAGCCCCGCUAUACGAAAAGACUCAGCUUUUCAGCUUUUUUAGCUCUGAGGCGUCUAUUUGCCUGCUCGUAA